UUAAAUUUAGCCAAAAGUCAAGAAUUUGGAGAAGAUUACAGUAGGCAGCUAAUUUACUAGGUCCUUUAAAUGUAGAAAACACAUGGAUGAGUCAUAAGUUCCACAUAAUAAUUCUCAUUCUAAAACUAUAGGCCAAUUAUUGUUCCCAAAUCAGUUAUAAAUAGAUGCAUUGUACUAUAUCUAUGAUCAUUACGCUUCUAUUGAGCUAAAAUGUACACUACCAAACCCCUUUCUCUUUACAAAGAUUCUCCAGAAGCUAUAUCAUUACCUCCAGAAGGUCCAAAUUCUGCUUACUUAGUAGUUGAAGAUGCAAAAUCCACACCAACAACCUGUGAUAUGUGCUUGUGCACACCAUCUAUCAAAGAGAUGCCAUUUCCUCAGAACAAACUUCUCCAACUUGCAAUUUAUCACGAUACUGGAGAUUUACCCUAUUAUUCUUAUUACACGCUCUACUUGAUUCCUGUCAUUAAUCAGCCACUCUCAUCCAACCGAUAUUAUGCAAUCAAAACUGAUGGAAGACACAAAGGGAAAGCAUAUGCUAGCGCAAAAGAAGAAGAUAUAGGCACUUGCUGUUUCUGCUUUCAAUCCAUCCCGGAUAUAAAACCAAGAACCUUUGAUCCUGAGGACAUUUAUCAGCAAUUUGAGUUCUCUAUGAAAAGAACAUGCAACAGCCAGGUGCUUGUAGCUAAAUCCGUAGCUCCUGAUGGCCACCCACCAAGCAUCUUACGCAUAGAAGGAUGGAUUAUGAGUGUCGUGUCCCAAAAUAAUUUCACGUUAGGAGAGGCUCAAGGUAUUGACUCCUCUCUUCGAGCACAUCUUCCAAACUUCGAUUUCCUGUCAUCUGAAGCAUGUUCAAAAUCUGUGGUGGUUGGUAAGUGGUACUGCCCUUUUAUGUUCAUUAAAGAAGGCAGGGAGAAGGAUCAGUUAAAAAAAUCUAUGUUCUACGAAAUGACACUAGAGCAACGAUGGGAGCGGAUCUUUGCUGCUGAGCGGAGUAACAGUGAGGGAAAGCUAGUGACAGUCGAUGUGAUGGUUCCCACAGAAAUGGUAAGAAUUGCAGGUCAAGAAGCUGCUCAAGAAGAGAGAAACGAUGACAGGAAAAUGAUGAUGUUCAAGACCAUAGUAGAUGGGAAAGUAAUGGAAGUUGGGUUGAGCUCUCUGAUUGUAGAAAGAUUAGUGUGGGAAGAAGAAAGAGUAGGAUGGGUUAACGUUAACGAGAAAGACAAGCGCAUCAGGGUGGUUAAAGAUGCAGAAUAUGCAAGCGUAGGAGACUGGAGAAGUUUUGGUUGUUAUUUGCUUGUCGAAACUUUUGUUCUGAAGACGAAUUAUGGCAGUAUCGUGCUAACAUAUGAUUUCAAACACACUCAUCAGAUAAGAAGCAAAUGGGAGUGACAAUCAUUAUGUGUCUCGCAUUUGUGAAGUGUUCUAAACUGUCUUCCUGUCUUGCUAUUC